AUGUCUAAAGCUCCUUCGCAACCAGCCAAGAAGUGGAUGAGCGCUCGCACCCUUGCGAAGUCGGAAGAUGCGACUAACCGUAAAAGUAAUACGGCGGCCCCAGCGUCUCAACCUUCACAACAGCCGGCGUCGGUUAUGCAUGAGCGACCUACGCCGCCUCCUCCGGCCCCAGUUCAACUGCCUCAAUCCGUUUUCUUUGAGCGACAGGAAGCGGUUGAUACGUUAAGUAACCUUUAUCGCAAUGCGCAGAGUGUUAAAAAGAUCGAAACCGGUCCAGCUGCGUUUGAAGCACGGGAUAUCUCCAAGGUUCAUGAGGAGUUAAUGGAUUGUCUCAGGCCGGCAGCGGCGGCAUAG